AGGCCUGUGGCGGUGGAUGUCUAGAUGGGGGAGGUUGACGAAGCGCAGGGGCGUGACGCGUCGCUCUGCAGCAGCGCUCACUCGCCUGCGGGAGAAUGGGAGAGAGACACAGAAAGGGAGGGAGGAGGAACUUGAAAGAAAAAAGUUAAAAUAAAUGGCUUCCUUGUCUUUGGAGUCCACAGAACAAACUGAAAACGGCCCGAAGGAGUCCACGCAAGAGGAAGCCAAAGUGAAAGAGGAGAUUGAUCCGGACGAAGUUUCGGAACAACUGCUCCAAAGCUUCCAGAACGCGGCGCUCAGUUUUUCCACCGAUCAAGUCGCGUGUCUGUGCGAAGCGCUCCUGCAAGCGGGCAAUGUGGAUCGCCUGUGGAGAUUCCUCUCCACCAUCCCUCCUUCGGCCGAUCUGCUACGUGGCAACGAGACCCUACUGAAGGCCCAGGCUCUGGUUGCUUUCCACCGGGAGGAGUUCAACAAGUUGUACGCCAUCCUGGACAGUCAUGACUUCCACCCGAAUAACCAUGGGUUCCUUCAAGACCUCUACUUGAAGGCGCGCUACAAGGAGGCUGAGACGUCCCGGGGUCGCAGUCUGGGCGCCGUGGAUAAAUAUCGACUGCGCAAAAAGUUUCCUUUGCCCAAAACUAUUUGGGACGGAGAGGAGACGGUGUACUGCUUCAAGGAGAAGUCGCGCAAUGCUCUCAAGGAGUGUUAUUUGAUCAACAGGUAUCCCACCCCGGUCGAGAAGAAGAAUUUAGCCAAAGUCACCGGACUUUCUUUGACUCAAGUCAGCAACUGGUUCAAGAAUCGCCGGCAGAGGGACCGGACCCCCUCCGGUACCAACAGCAAAAGUGAAUCUGAUGGAAACCACAGUACAGAAGAUGAAGCCAGCAAGGGAGAUCUGGAUGAUAUUGCUGACAAACCUGCUGCUCAAGAGACAGGCAGCUCAAAUGCUUCUCUUAUAUCACUCUCUGGGGCUCCUUGCAGUACUGGUCAGCUUAUUCUCAACAGCACCGGGGGAUUCCUUACAAGCUCUCAUCCACUGCUGCUCAAUGGGAGCCCUAUACUCUCAGGGGCAGGAACGGGGGUCAUCAUCAAUGGGCUGACACUGAGCGAUGGCCACACAGUCACUCUCAGUCCUGUUACAGCUAAUGCACCAUUGCUACUAAAUGGAGCUCAAGUAAUCCCCAAAGAUGACCGGGGCAUCAAUGAUAUAGAGGCCCAAGGCAGCCUGCCCACUGUGGUUCUGAAUCCCCAAGCCAGUCUAACUAACACAAUACCUCUCUCGCUCAGCGAGGAUGCAAAAACAGCCAGCAGCAACGUCUCUCCAUUGGAUUUCAUCAGUCUUCCAGAGGCCUUGAAGAAUCCAGAUAACACUCAGUCACUGCUUACAAACUCAGUGACCUCACCCAUCAUCUCUACUUCUGUCAUCUCUCCCACAUCUCUUUCUUCGGUGGCACUGGUCCCAAAUAGUAUUCCUGCAUCAACAACUGGCUCCAUGAGUUCAGUCAUCUCCAGUCCCAUGGUGCCACUACUGCCCACACAGCCACCUGAAAUUGUUGUAAUAGGAAAAGCCGAGUCUCAGUCACCAAUUCGCAGCUCCAUCUCUAGCACUCAGGUGCUGUCUUUACCCCAGGUGGUUCCAUCAAUACAGGGCAUUCCAGUUUCUCAACUGAUGCAGCAUCCAUCUGGGGCCACAGUGUCAUCCUGCCCCCAGCUUGUUCCAGUCUCCCCGGUCAAUUCACAGUUACCCCAAGUCCCUAUUCCUCAUUUUCAGACACAGACCUUGCACAUUGGUCCAAGAUUUGCACAAGCACACCCCCAAAAUGGCUCGAACACAUUAAGCACCAGUAGUGCUUUAUCACUCCCCCAGAUGGCUGAUGGGCAGAUUACACAAGUGCUUACACCUCAGCUAGGAGACGAAUCUACUUCACAUACCCUUCCACAAAUACAGACCUCCAUGGGAACACAAGUCAUUCCCAUCUCCUCGCCGACUCAAGUUGUGCCCAUAUCCCAAACCAAAGACUCGGGCCAACCUCAGCUGGUCCCCCUGUCACUGCCCCAACUUAUGCCUGUGUCAUCCAUUGCGGGAACUCCAACUGGAACCCUGUCCUUUCCUCAGGUGGUCCCAGGAACACCAUCUCUCUCCAUUCCGUCCCCUGGAGGUGCUUUCCAGAUUCUGACCUCUGGAUCUGGAACAGGAUUGAGUGUUGCCCAAGGACCAAUACGCCUUAGUCCAAUAGGGCCUCCUCAGAGUGUCCCUACUGGUACCAUCCCAGGUGUUCAGCUUCUCAACUCUGGGGUGAUUCAGUUACCUUCUGCCUCUCCAGGCAACAUCCUACUAGCAGGUGGCAUUGGGGGCAGCCCCAUCCUAAGUGUUCAAAAUGGCAAACUCAUCCUCACUAUCCCAGCUGGUAUCCAGUUCGCCAGCAUGCCUGUCAAGUCCGUCCCAGACAAUUUGGUCUCAAAUACCCUUGAUCCUCAAACCUCACCUGUACAUCCACUUGAAAAUCAACCAGCACCUUCACUCACUGCUCUAACCUCAAAUUCACUACAAUCAUCUCCUUUGGGGUUUGUUGGCUCCUCUACACUUUACUGCAGCCCUGAGCCAGGAACAAUUGCCAACCCAACCCCAGGAGCCUCUCCUGACACCCCAGACUCUUCUAGCACUCCCACUCCUACAAGUGUCCUACAAUUCCAGCAGACCCUUAGCCCUGAUAGCAUGCUCCCACUCAGUCCAAUAUGUAGCGGUGUGGCAACUGGCCACCAACUCUCCCAGCUAGCCUGGAGCCCUGUCCCGCUGUCCUCCUCUGCUGGUCUGACAUUAUUUGACAUGCGUGGGAAAGGAGAUCUUCCAGAGGACCCUGCUUUGUUAGGAUUGCCAGGAGGAGAAUCCCUACUGUUGGGCACUCCUCCUCCAGGCGAAGAUGUAGAGAGAGAUUCUCAACUGGAUGAGGUGGAGGACAUGGAUGGGGACUCGAAAAUUCUGACACAACUUCAGUCUGUCCCUGUGGAUGAUGAUCUGGGUUUGUAAUCACUAAUGCUUCUGACAAACUACUAGAUGCAGUUAAUGUUAAAUCUCAAACUGCAAGACUUGCAUUUGACCGUGUCCCAGAAGUGCGAGGAACUAUGAUUUAUGACCUCAGAGG